AUGAAUGAAGCUGUGGCGAGCCGCAUACCCCGUGAGCACACGACAUUCGAGGUCGAAGCGCUGCGUGUUGGUGUGGGCAUUGCGGCGACCUACAACUUAUCGGGAUAUCACAAUGGGGGAUACGAAGAUCGAGCAAGGCUAACAAUAGGACAACAGGUUCUCGCAGUUGAUCUCCUCAACCCAACACCGCAGGCCGAGGCCCGCAAGCACAAGCUGAAGACGCUCGUCCCCGGCCCCCGCUCCUUCUUCAUGGACGUCAAGUGCCCCGGCUGCUUCACCAUCACGACCGUCUUCUCGCACGCCCAAACCGUCGUCGUCUGCGCCGGCUGCUCGCAGGUGCUGUGCCAGCCCACCGGCGGCAAGGCGAGGCUCACAGAGGGAUGCUCGUUCCGGAGGAAGUAG